GUGGGAGUGCUCAGCUGGUCACACCUUCUCCUGGGAGCCUUCUUUGAGCCCUACACCUCCAGAGGUGCCCAAGCAGACCUCCUUUCCACGGACUAGCCCCAGGAGCUGGAGCCCCAAGGCCAGGAGUGGGCAGGAGCCUGCAGUAUUGGGGAUUGAAUCCAGGGGUACUCUGGGACAGGAUCAGCCUGCACAGAUGGUGGCUGAACUACAUCCCCAGCACUUUUUUAUUGUGAGACCAGGUCUUGCUUCGUUGCUCAGCUGGCCUUGAAUUUGCAAUCCUCCUGCCUCACCCUUCCCGGCAGCUGGUACUACUGGUGGGCACUGUCGCAUUUGGCUCAGAACCUUGUUUCUAAAAAUGGUCCUUUGAUGGGAACAAGGAAGUAGCCCUCACAUACAUUGUUAGAUAUGGUGUGCUGUCACUGGUGGAAAAUAAAAAAUGAAGGUACAACAGGCAGGUACAUUGGUGCACACCUGUAAUCCCAAUGACUGGGAGGCUAAGGCAGGAGGAUACCAAGUUCAAGGCCAACCUGGGCAACUUAGAGCCUAUCUCAAAAUAAAAUAAAUUGAAGAUAAGGGCUGGGGAUGUAGUUCAGUGGUUGAAGGCCACUGGGUUCAAUCAGCAGGACCGCAAGUAUUAAAUAAAUAAAUAAAUACAUGAAACAAAGACGGAACAUCUGUCUGUAUGUGAUUGUAUAAAAUGUCUCUGGAAGGACACAGGAAACAGGCUGCUGGGAAGAGCUAGGUGACUGGGACGCAGCACUGGAUAGGAGGUUCUCACCGGGUGCUUCUUGUGCUUCAUUCAUUCAUUCAUUUACUUUUUUGGACCAUGUGAAUGUCUGAACUGAAGUGCACCUUCCCUGCCAGCAGCCUCUGUGCCCUGGCCUCCUAAGGAGCCUCCCACCACCCGCUCUCAACCCUCCACCUGCCCUCAUUCCUCCAGCCCAGCACCUGCUCCUUUUGACCCUGCCUGUGCCAACAGGUUUGGAGUCUGCACACGAGAGGACUGGAGAAGCCAGGGUGCCCAGGGGGGCGGGAACCCCAGCAGAGGCCUUCCUGCCCUCUGGCGAGGAAGGGGAAGACAGCGAGGAAGACGAAGAGGAGAUGCUCAGUGAUGCCAGCCCGUGGACCUACAGCUCCUCCCCGGACGACAGUGAGCUGGAUGACACCAGACCACCCCCUUCCUCUGUCACCCCCACCCCCAAGGAGGGAGAGAUAGCACCAGCCCCUGCAGCUCCCCCCACUCCUGUUGCUACUCCACCCUCACCCACACACCCCUUGGAUGCCAGAGACCCUCUGCCGUCAGAGACUGGGGUACAGCUGGAGCUUGGCGGCACCCCUCCAGUGGCCCAGCAGACAGAGCCUCUGGCCAGCCCUACAAGUCAGGCCCCGUCUGCCCCAGGACCGGCCUGGGAUGAGGACGCUGCACAGAUUGGGCCCAAAAGAAUUAGGAAAGCAGCCAAAAGAGAGCUGAUGCCUUGUGACUUCCCCGGGUGUGGAAGGAUCUUCUCCAACCGGCAGUAUCUGAAUCACCACAAGAAGUACCAGCACGUUCACCAGAAGUCCUUCUGCUGCCCGGAGCCGGCCUGCGGGAAGUCCUUCAACUUCAAGAAGCACCUGAAGGAGCACGUGAAGCUGCACAGCGACACCCGGGAUUAUAUCUGUGAGUUCUGCGCCCGGUCUUUCCGCACUAGCAGCAACUUGGUCAUCCACAGACGCAUCCAUACAGGAGAGAAGCCCCUGCAGUGUGAGAUAUGUGGGUUCACCUGUCGCCAGAAGGCCUCCUUGAACUGGCACCGGCGCAAGCACGCAGAGACCGCAGCUGCCUUGCGCUUUCCCUGUGAGUUCUGCGGCAAGCGCUUUGAGAAGCCAGACAGUGUUGCUGCUCACUGCAGCAAAAGUCACCCUGCCCUGCUCCCAACCCCACAAGAAUCUACAGGCCCGUCGGGGCCCUGUGGCAGCAGCUCUGCACCUGACCCUCCAGGGCCCCCCGAAGGCUGCAGCCCUACCCCCUCAGCUUCAAGGAGCCAGUCCCUAGGGACUGCAAAGGACUAGAAGCCCAACAAUAAAUGCACAUGUCCGGGCCCAGAAACUAGGCCACAGGGAGCGCAGGUGGAGGCACGGGGCCCUGGAGGGCCACUACUUUCGUCCUCUUGCAGGAAAUAAACCAAGGAUUUUACAUGA